AUGCCCCUCAGAGGCGCCCGCGCGGCGGCGGCAGCCAGCUCCGGCUCCGAGGACGAGGAAGAGGAGGCGGGGUUCUCCAGGAGCUACUUCCUGGGCAAGGAGAAGGAACCCUCCUCCGGCAAGAAGCGCGCCAGCGCCGCCGCGGCAGGUCUGGUGCCGUCCCACCCCGCAUCCCACGACAAUAUCUUGGCACGAAUCCGUGGGUACGGUUGGCUAAUUUGGGAUCCCUCUCUCACGAGAAGCUACAAGGAUCAGUACCGCAGCUGGCUGUUCGAGCUAAGGUGCGGUUUUGGUCUCUUGAUGUAUGGGUUUGGAUCUAAGAAGCAGCUGCUUGAGGAAUUUGCCUCCACUACCUUGACUGAUUUUACUGUCAUUGUAAUCAAUGGCUAUCUUCCGUCCAUCAACUUGAAGGAGGUCAUAGCAACAAUAGCUGAAAUGUCCUGUGAUCAAGCACAAUCUAAGCGCAAACAUCAACCUGGAACGAGGUCUCAGUUAUCGCAGCCUUUUCCUUCAAAAUCAUUUGAUGACAUCAUCUCAUUUCUAAAGAGACAGACAUCAGAUGAUGUGGAUGAUCAGGUGUGCCUUCUUAUACACAAUAUUGAUGGACCUGCCUUGCGUGAUGCUGAAUCACAGCAAUGUCUAGCACAAGUUUCUUGCUGCCCACAAAUCCGUGUUGCUGCAUCAACAGAUCAUGUUAAUGCACCUUUAUGUAAGUUUGUUGCACAUUUUUAGUUUCAUUCUUCGCUAAUCUCUUUAUUGUAAAAGAUAUCCUAAACUGGAAAAUAUUUUAGUAUGG